AAAAUCAAAAUGUGAGUAACGUGGCUUAGCACACAAACCCUGACUAUACGGUUCUUGUACUUUCAUAAUACGUCACUAUACUAUCCCUCAAUUCUCAUCCGUACAUAUCACACAUGAUAUAUCGUUUACUUUUUCUACACCUCCCCCACUUCUUUGCAACUUGCACCAUCUUCAUAUAUUCUUCAUCCUCUCUAUAAAUUUCCAUUUCUCUCUUCUAUCUCUUUCACAAAAUCUAGUUAUAUCUCUCCUUAACUUCUUCUUAUAGAGUUACUAGGGUUUAUUAUAUUAUUUUCUUCUUCUUGAUCUUAUAGAGUAACUAGGUUUGUUUCAGUUAAUUUAGAUGUAUGAAAUGGAACAGUUUCAACUUCAUCGUCAACAUGAUAAUCAGUUGACGGUAAAGAUUGAUAUGACGAAAAAGAGGGAGAGGAAAAAAGUUGCGGAGGAGGGAGAGAAGCGUCAUGUUGUGGACUUGAGUGGUAUGUCUUUGGAGUCGCUUCCGAAAUCUUCGCUUCAUUUAGCUAUCAUUAGUAAGCUUGAUCUAUCUAAUAACAAUCUCCAGAACAUUCCUGAGUCCUUAACGGCAAGAUUACUGAACUUGGAAGUGUUGGAUGUGCACUCCAACAGGCUCAGAUCCCUACCCAACUCCAUUGGCUGUCUCUCUAAACUCCAAGUUUUGAAUGUCUCUGGCAACUUCAUUGAAUCCCUUCCCUCAACCAUUGAGAAUUGCAGAGACUUAGAAGAACUGAAUGUCAACUUCAACAACUUGAGCAAGCUACCAGACACAAUAGGCUUUGAGCUCAUAAAACUUGUGAAACUUUCAGUCAAUUCCAACAAGCUGGUGUUUCUUCCUAGCUCCACCUCUCACCUAACAGCUCUAAGGGUUCUCGAUGUUCGCCUAAACUGCCUCAGGAGUCUCCCUGACGACCUUGAGAACCUCAUCAACCUUGAGACCCUAAAUGUGAGUCAAAACUUUCAAUAUUUGGAGACAUUACCCUACUCCAUAGGUCUCCUAUUAUCCCUCGUCGAAUUGGACGUUAGCUACAACAAUAUUAAGACCUUGCCUGACUCAAUUGGGUGCCUCCAGAAGCUUCAGAAGCUAAGUGUGGAGGGGAACCCGCUUAUUUCGCCUCCAGUUGAGGUGGUGGAGCAGGGAUUGCAUGUGGUCAAAGAGUAUAUGUGUGACAAAAUGAACUCAAGCCAUCAUAUCCCAACUAAGAAGAGAUGGUGGAUGGUGAAAUGUGGGACCUUCAAUGGACACAUGAAAAGUGGGAAACGACCAGAACAUAAGGGUUUCAGCAUGCUUCAGUAUCAACCCAUGAACGGUCUUGCUUCACCAGGCUUCAUGGGGAGGUUCUCACCUCUUCGCCUCUUCUCACCCCGCCAUUCCAUCGGUUGAGAAGCCACAAAAAUAUUUUUGUAAAUAUCUGUAUAAAAUCCUAGUCUGUGAAAUCAUUUUAAUAGCUUCAAAAAAACAAAAAAUAGCUGUAUUGGUUUUGAAUUACAACAAUCAGGAUAUGGCUACUGUGAAUGAGAAUAAUUGCUGGUUAGGGUGUGUGUGUAUGCAGAAUUUUGUGUAUCAUGGAUUUGAAAAUGGUGGGUUUGUAAAACUUCGAAAGCUUGUUUAUGUAAAGAUUCUCGUUCUUGUGUAAACUAAUACUAGCUCAUAACGAUUAUUUUUUGGUUCUUUCAUAUUUACAAUUUGAUAUAUGCCUAGUA